AUGUCGAUAAGUGACAACUUUCCUAAUCUAUGCAAAGCAUUGAUGGAAGGAACCCCCUCCUCUCUUCCAGAUGACCAUCGAGCUAGUGGAUCGAGCACCCAAACGAGCUCUCCGGAUUCCCAUUCAUAUAUCUCUUCAUCUAAUGGAUCAAAUGCAGAUUCAAAUAAAGGACUCCUGCGAGUGGAGAAUUUCAAAUCAGCAGGAAAUCUAGCUGAAAAUCGAGGCCAUGGUCAUGAGCGCGGAAUGCAAUGGACGUCUUUAAAUCCGCAGCCAACACCAUCACUACCACCACAUUCUACCCCCUUUUAUUCUUCUGGCAACUUGAAUCAGGGAGUGGAGGGAGAGAGGAAUUGCGAGUCCACACGAAGUGGAGACGGAACUCAAACGAAUGGAAGCCUCCUACUAAUUCAAAGCCUUCAACCCAAUUCACUGCCAUUUUCUACUUCUACUACUACUACUUCUACUACUACUACUACUGAUAAUAAUAAUAAUAAUAAUAAUAAUAAUUCUUCGCCAUCGCCUCCUAAUCAUCUUGCAAACGGUAGUUCUAUCAAGGAGUCUGCAGCAGUGUCAAAUUAUAGUUCAGCAAAACAUGUGAACCUACCUCCUGCUCCAUCUCGUUCAUCUUGGUACAGAUGCGAUCCGCCUCAGUACUUGUCCCAGCCUCCGUCUGCUCCAAGAGCCAAUUUGCCUGAAGACAUGCGGCGAAUGCCACAUUUUGUCCAAUUGUCACCUGCGGAAAUUUCUACCUUUCUGACAAUUGAGUCAAUGGCCAUUUUUCUCGCAACCAUGUUUCCUCAGUUUUCGGCCUUCGCACCUGACUCUCCUUUCGCACAGCCCACGCCUCAUUACACUUCACCAGAACAAACUACUCCCCUAGAUGUGAGUAUUCGACCACCUCAGUCUCCACCUGGAGAAAAUGGAUGUCAGCCUACCUCUCUCUCUUACACGAGACCUCCAAUUUGCCCGUCUACGAAUCAAUAUGCUAAAUAUUUGAAUUAA